UCGAUUGAUCAGAUGAAAAACUUUAUCACUAGUUGGUGAAAUACUUUUUUUUCUACGGAGUUUUCUAGUUUUUCUGCAGAUCAAACGAUGCGAUGAGAGGGGUGAUAGGAUGAUGUAGAAAGUGAAAAGAAAGGAUGAGCUCUGGUACGGGAAGGUCGUAUAUAAAGUGGGGAGGGUCGUUCCUCUGUUGCAGUGCAGCCAAGACACAUCAUGCGGACCAUUGCUCUCACCCUGCUGUUGUGCGCUUGUGCGUACGGCCAGCAGCAGGCCCAGAAAAGACAAGAUUCCCGUCCGGCGGUAUACCAGAACCAGGAGUACAAGGACCAGGAGCAGGCGGAAGACAGACCGAGGUACCAGAACAAUUUCCAAACCGGCUACAACCAGGGCUUCCAAAAUUACGAAAACCAAAACCGGAAUUAUCAACACGACAGCACUCCAGUACCGGCUCACCUCCCGGAACCGAGAGUAGCCGUCACGCCUAUACCAAUCAUCAGGCUAAACAAACAGCAAUCACUCGACGGAAGCUACAAAUCUAGUUAUGAAACUGGCAACAGUAUUGUUGCUGAGGAGACUGGAUUUGUCAAAAACCUUGGUGUGGAAGGAGUCGAAGGGCUCGUCCAGUAUGGGUCUUAUUCUUACACAGAUCCAGACGGAAGGGUCAUCACCGUGCGGUACACCGCUGAUGAAGGAGGUUUCAGGCCAGAAGGCGACCACUUACCGACACCACCUCCAGUUCCAGCAGAAGUUCAAAAAGGACUGGACAUAAUUUUCGAAUCUAUCAGACUACAGGCGGAAAAGGAAGCGAGUGAGAAACACGCCCACAACACUCAGCAAGAAUCGGCCAACUAUCCAGAAUCUCGUGAUGACGAUGGCUCCUACAGGCCUGAGUACAAUAAUUAAAGACUGAUUCUUCAUCAUUUGUAAAAACCUAGGCAAAUUGAUUACAAAUUCGCCAGGUUUAUAUAUGUUCCAUCAAUUUAUUUUGCAUGCUAAUCUGAUUUUAUAAUUUUA